AUGUCCCGAAAACGCUCCAACAAACCGUUUAUGAAUCCGUCAACUCUUCGUGGAGACUCGUUUGGAUACUACUUCAUGUCCCGAAAACGCUCCAACAAACCGUUUAUGAAUCCGUCAACUCUUCGUGGAGACUCUUUUGGAUACUACUACACGUCCCGAAGACGCUCCAACAAACCAUUUACGAAUCCGUCAUCCCUUUGUGGAGACGCUCCAACAAACCAUUUACGAAUCCGUCAUCCCUUUGUGGAGACCUUCCUGUGGCUCGAUUUCCUUCAACAUAGACUCGUUUGGACACUACUACACAUCGUGAAAACGAUCCAACAAACCGUUUACGAAUCCAUCAACCCUUCGUGGAGGUACGUCUGUUUGUAA